AUGCGCUCCAUGAGGGCUCUGCAGGAUGCGCUGAGCGGGGCCCGCAGUCUUUGCCGGCGGGGAGGCUGGGGUCACCUGAGCCAGCCCCUCCUGGGCGGGGGCGUCCGGCACCACCUCAAUGAGGCCGCGGCGCGGGGCCGGGAGACGCCGCGCAGCCACCAGCCGCAGCGCCCGGAUCAUGAUGCAUCAGAGAGUGGCAUGCUGUCCCGCCUGGGUGAUCUUCUCUUCUACACUAUUGCUGAGGGACAGGAACGAAUCCCUAUCCACAAGUUCACUACUGCCCUGAAGGCCACGGGACUGCAGACAUCAGACCCUCGACUGCGGGACUGCCUGAGCCAGAUGCGCCACAUGGUUCGAGAAUCCAGCAGCGGGGGCCUCUUGGAUCGAGAGCUCUUCCAAAAGUGUGUGAGCAGCAACAUUGUGCUCCUGACCCAGGCAUUCCGAAAGAAGUUUGUCAUUCCUGAUUUUGAGGAGUUCACGGGCCAUGUGGAUCGCAUCUUUGAGGAUGCCAAAGAGCUCACUGGAGGCAAAGUAGCAGCCUACAUCCCUCAGCUGGCCAAGGCAAAUCCAGACCUGUGGGGUGUCUCCCUGUGCACCGUGGAUGGUCAGCGGCACUCUGUGGGCCACACAAAGAUCCCCUUCUGCCUGCAAUCCUGUGUGAAGCCCCUAACCUAUGCCAUCUCCAUAAGCACCCUAGGCACUGACUAUGUGCACAAGUUUGUGGGCAAGGAGCCCAGCGGCCUGCGCUACAACAAGCUUUCCCUCAAUGAGGAAGGAAUCCCCCAUAACCCCAUGGUCAAUGCUGGUGCCAUUGUCGUGAGCUCCCUGAUCAAGAUGGACUGUAACAAAGCAGAGAAGUUUGAUUUUGUAUUGCAGUAUCUGAACAAAAUGGCUGGGAAUGAAUUCAUGGGUUUCAGCAAUGCCACAUUCCAGUCAGAAAAGGAAACAGGGGAUCGGAAUUAUGCCAUCGGCUAUUAUCUAAAGGAAAAGAAGUGCUUUCCCAAGGGGGUGGACAUGAUGGCUGCCCUCGAUCUCUACUUCCAGCUGUGCUCCGUGGAGGUUACCUGUGAAUCAGGCAGUGUCAUGGCAGCCACCCUGGCCAAUGGCGGGAUCUGCCCCAUCACAGGCGAGAGCGUGCUGAGCGCUGAAGCAGUGCGCAACACCCUCAGCCUCAUGCACUCCUGCGGCAUGUACGACUUCUCCGGCCAGUUUGCCUUCCACGUGGGCCUGCCAGCCAAGUCAGCUGUGUCGGGAGCCAUACUCCUGGUGGUACCCAAUGUCAUGGGGAUGAUGUGUCUGUCACCUCCACUGGACAAGCUGGGGAACAGCCAUAGGGGUAUCAGCUUCUGCCAGAAGUUGGUGUCUCAAUUCAAUUUCCACAACUAUGACAACCUGAGGCACUGUGCCCGGAAGUUAGACCCACGGCGUGAAGGGGGAGAAGUUCGGAACAAGACUGUGGUGAACCUGUUAUUUGCUGCCUAUAGUGGGGAUGUCUCAGCACUUCGAAGGUUUGCCUUGUCAGCCAUGGACAUGGAACAGAAAGAUUAUGACUCCCGCACGGUCCUGCAUGUUGCUGCAGCUGAAGGACACAUUGAAGUUGUUAAAUUCCUGAUUGAGGCUUGCAAAGUGAAUCCUUUUGUCAAGGACAGGUGGGGCAACAUUCCCAUGGAUGACGCUGUGCAAUUCAACCACCUGGAGGUGGUGAAGCUGCUUCAAGAUUACCAGGACUCCUACACACUAUCCCAGACUCAGGCUGAGGCAGAGGCUGAGGCCUUGUCCAAAGAAAACUUAGAGAGCAUGGUGUGAGCAUGGGGCACGGUGUCCCUACUCUAGAAAAAGCACCAGCUGGCCACACACGUAACCCAUUACUACCAAAUACCCUAUGGAGAGCUACACUGCUUCAGUGGGAACCAGGACUGAGGCCAGUGCUUUCUUUGAGAGUCAAAAUACCCCAUUCCUUUGGCAGACAGAGUAUAGAGAAGUGCCUCACUGGACUCCUGCAGUAGAGCUAUCCAUGGAGACUGUGGGCUGCUUCAAAGUACAGCUUACUAGCUUGGCCCACUCAAAACCACCCCAGAUCUUCACCCAGAUCCCCUUUUCUCCCUGAAGAAACCAUUGUGACGGAUAGAGAUGCCCUGGUGAAGGGGUUCUAGCCACCAGGCAUAUGUAUAUACCCACAGAGGAAGGGGGACAAAGGGUGGCUAGGCACCUGGCUUUAGUAGUCUGGAGAAGUCUGCCUCCCCUUGGCCAGGAAGUGCUACUGCUAACAGCAAUUUUAUAGACAGAGAAAGUAUUUUGUGCUCAAAUAAACUUUAAUUACACAAAU